CAUCGCCAGCUUCAUUCAUCGUCGAGAAAAAAAAACCAGUUGCAGCAUCGUUUAGCCGUUUUCACAUCGUGAAUUGCUUCGAUGAUCUGUGCAAGUCAUCUUACGUUCCAUUUUGAUUUGUCUGCGACCUGAAUUCUUAUCCAAACUUGCUGUGCCACUCGUCAGCGAUCCACUGCAAAUAUCAACAGAAUCUACCGCUUUUUUCGGAAUAUGAAGGAUAAUAACGGCAACGGGAAACCGCUGCACACGAUAAUUGUUAAUAUUUGUUGGGAUUCUGAUUAAUUUCCAGCCGCCGAUAUGCUGUCCGUACCGUUUCUUCGUCAGCAUUCCUCAUCUGUAUGGCUGGUUUUGUUGUGUUCAGUGUUAAUUCAAGCUGGUCCUCCUACUCCGCCUAUGCUCACCUUGCUGCAUAACAUGAGAGAAUGGAACCUUCCGGUUUCGACGCCUGUUGGUGCGAAGGUUUCUCAGUUGCUAGUAAAUGGAAACAAAGAUGACACUUCCGUUAGGGAUGUCGUAUUCAACAUCAGCGCCGAUAACCCGGAAUACAGUGAUUUUUUUAAUGUGGAUGCAAAGAGUGGAAUCGUUACGCUGAAGAAGCCGUUGGAUAUCCAGAAUUACAGAGACUUCGUGGUAGUUCCAACGGUGGACAAUGGAUACAUGAAGGCCAAAAUACAAGUGCCGGUUCACGUCCUAUCUGAUGAUAAUUCAACGGAAAUUCGGUCGACUGUUAACGAUAUGUCUUUCGCAUCACUGCCAUCACCUUUGGGCCCGUUCCCCCCACGCACAAUCAGCCGCCCACGCGUGACAACCCCCGAAGUUGUUGUAUUUACACCCGGCCCCGAUGUUUUGGUGACUGAUCGUCCAUCACAGAGCGCCAGACCCCGCACCAAACCCAAAACAACAUCCACCACGUCCGCUGAAUCAGGCGAUCCAACGAUUGCUGGUGUUGUACCAGGUGUCAAGCAUGAUGGCGAAGAACGAAAGGAGAAAGGAGACGCUGGGGAGCACCGCAAAGACGUACAGGACGGAGAACCCAUGAAUAAUCGGAAUAAUUUGCAGUUAUUGUGGAUUUUGUUGCCGGGUGCACUGCUGUUUCUGGCUGUUGCGGGGUUUGUUUGCUAUCGUAUGCGGCGUGCGCCGAUGAAGGAAAAGAUGCCCAUUGCCAAAUCGAUGUCGGUGGAGACCGGACAGUCGCUUUAUAAAGACGCUCCUUCCGGAAAGGACUUCGGUACUCUAACGAAGGAACCGUUAAAGAUGAUGGUGUCGAAUCAUCGAUAUCUGUACCGGAAACGAUCGGAAAACUUUGCUGCGUCUACCAUUCAGACCGGGCCUGAUGGCUACUUGAAACCCGAUGUGGCAGAGAAUUGGGAAUUCCCGCGUGAUAAGGUGCAGAUACUGGAAAAAGUUGGCGAAGGAUGCUUCGGUCAGGUUUUUAAAGCGGAGGCACUGGAGCCAUCCGGAUGCAUCGCUGUAGUGGCCGUGAAAACAUUAAAAGACAACGCUUCUGAUAAAGAGCGCCGGGAUUUACUAGCGGAACUGCAUGUGAUGCAGAGCCUACAACCGCAUACUAAUGUCGUGGAGUUACUGGGUUGUUGUACCGAUAAAGAUCCGACAUACGUAAUAAUGGAGUUUGUGGCGUUUGGAAAACUGCAGUCGUUCUUACGCCGCAGCCGAAACAGUCAUUAUUACGGCAAUGUGGCAGGCGCCGGGGAUGGGCACAAUCUGACGGGUGGGCUGAUGCUGAAAUUUGCUUACCAGGUGGCCUGCGGAAUGCACCACAUUUCCUCCCAAUAUCUUGUGCACCGGGAUCUGGCGGCUCGAAAUAUUCUUCUAACGGAAGAUCUGGUCUGCAAAGUCAGCGAUUUCGGACUGGCUCGCGAUAUUAGCGACAAGCAUAUCUACGAAAGAAAAUCUGAGGGUCGUUUGCCGAUACGAUGGAUGGCGCCGGAAUCCAUCGCUGACAAUGUCUUCUCCAGCCAGUCCGAUGUGUGGUCCUUCGGUGUGUUAUUAUGGGAAAUUGUGACCCUUGGCGCGACGCCCUACCCGGGAAUGUCGGCCGGCGACGUGGUGGCCAAAGUACGCGACGGCUUCCGGAUGGAGAAUCCGACGCCACGCUCCCAGGAACUGUACGAGCACAUUAUGCUCCCCUGCUGGCAACUGCAGCCCAAGGACCGGCUGUCGUUCAGCGCCAUUGCUGACGCAUUAGGACGCAUGCUGCAGGAAACGCAAGAUUAUCUGGAUCUCAAUGAAAUUCCCCAUUAUUACAAUAUUUUCACUGAUCUGUCGGGCGAGAAAGUUUGAUGGGAACCCGCGGCUGUACUCGUGUUUGUUUAUCGUGAUAUUAUGUGGUAUAUUAUAUUAUGUGGUCUUUUGCAAAUCUGACAUGGGUGCAUUCUGGUUAGAAAGAUUAAGGCAAAUAGGAUUCUUUUAGUUGGAUCAUAUUUUGUUGAGAAUAAGCAGGCUAUUUGCACAUAACAUUAUCAAAGUUGGUUCAAUUUGAUAGCGAUUUUGAUGGCAUACCUGUCUUCAUCAUAUUAUUGUUCAUCAUAUUGUUAUUAUGCUUAUCUGGGUUUGAGCC